UUCAAUGAUCACACCCUAGUAUGCGCCGACGUCACGAGAUUAUCUACAGGAAUAUCACUAGCAGACAGGUUUGGCAGUACAUAUCCACUUGAUCUUCGAUAAAAUAGACAUACGGCGUGAUCGAAGACGGAUCCAACGAACUCGAAGAAGAAGGUUGAAUUAAUUGUACCUUAGAAACAUGGCUGAUUUAAAAGAAACACUACAAACUCUGCAAAACCGUAACAUGACGCUGUACAAUGAGGGAAAGUACGGGGAACUGGCAGAAGCAAGCUACAGUGGCGGUUGCAGAGUCAUGCUCCAGGGCAUGGAUACGAAGACAGGAAGAGACUUUUUGCCUGGAUUAUGGGAAAUGGAGAAGUCUUCCGGGCACCAGAAAAUAAAACACACAACUGUGGAGGCUGGCAAUGUAGACGGUGAUACCCGUGUUUAUGAAAUCGGAAAAUACCAGGCUUUCACGUCUGACGGAACUGAAGACGAAGUAGGAAAAUAUCUUACCAUAUGGGUCAAGGAAGGGGAUCAAUACAUGAUAGACAUUACUUGUAUCAAUAGAUCACAAUAAAUUAUUGCGAUUGAUAAUUUAUCGAUUAUUGUGAUCUAUAAAUAUUGUUUUCAUUCACGCUGAAUUUAUAGAUUUUUUCGGAUAAUAAGCUUAGCUCAACACAGCAUACUGGUAACAUAUAAAAGUGAAAUAAAACAUUGUAAAUAGCUAUGCCUUUUCAAACUUAUAAAGGUGUUUAUAGGUAAGUAAACAUUAUGUUGGCAGGAAGGCUUAAUAGACCUACAGAACUCGCAAUCAACAGUACAAGCAGAAAGCAAUAGUACUUAUUUUUAUUGCAUAAAGGACAGAAGCCUACUUAUCUUUAGUCAGUUAUUAUAUAUUUUGGCAUUGAAACUACUUAUAUACGAAUUAGUUUCGUAUUUUUAAGUAGUCUUUUAUUUUAGAUACGGUAUUUUCUAAAUGGUUUUCACUAACGUUAUUUAUCUAUAAUGGUAUGAGUUAAACAUUGCUUAUAAUUAUAUUCAUUGAGUUAAGUAUUAGUACAAAGACGCUUUGAAGACUAAAACAAAUGCUAAUUAUCUGUGAUGUUUCAUAUUAUCAUAACAGUGUCGAGGAGUAAUUGAAUCUAGUCUUCAAUCAAGGUGUCUUGUGACUUGCCUUAAGUGAUUUGGAAACCAAUGAUUCAUGUUUGUGUUACAUACACAGCAAGAACAUUUAAACACGGUAAACAAUAGUGUACGCCAAGAUUAAUAUCAAUUGUUUCUCUUUGAUGUAACCAAUCAAUCUAGCCUAAUUUCUUAGAAAAUAUUUUCUUGAUCGGAUAGCGAAUUAAAAAUAUAAUGAAUAAUAAAAUUGAUUACAAUUUUAACAAAGAACCAUUAAAUUAUUAUUUUUUCCAUUAA